UCUCCCCCAUAAACAAAAUAGACAUACUUUUCCAUCGUUAGGUGUAAGAGCAAUAAAGUUUAUUGUUUUUUAUAUUCACCAUCCAAAAAAAUUUUAGAUAUCCAGUGCAAAGACGGCAAGGCAACCAUGAGAAUGGAGACUUCAGCAUCACCAAGUUUUACUUCUUUCUUCGUCGUUGCUUUUUCUCUGUUCUUUUCUUCUUCAUUUUCUGAAGCCAGAAACUUUCUUCCUAGAGGUUCCUCUCUAUCUGUAGAGCAUCAUUCAGACAUCCUCGUCUCACCAAAUAGAACUUUCACUUGUGGGUUCUAUUGGAUAGGAGAUAAUGCUUAUUCCUUCUCUGUUUGGUUCACAAAUUCUAAGGAGAGGACUGUUGUCUGGAUGGCUAACAGAGACAGACCUGUAAAUGGUCGGGGCUCAAGAAUUUCUCUGCGACGAAACGGUGCCAUGGUCUUAACUGAUGUUGAUGGCUCCACCAUAUGGGAGACCAACACAACUUCUACUGAUGUUAGCGGAGCAGAGGUUUUGGAUUCUGGGAACCUUGUUCUUAAAGAUCCUCGUGGUAAAAUUAUAUGGCAAAGCUUUGAUUUUCCUACUGAUACACUUCUUCCAAACCAGUUCUUCACAAAGAGCACAAAGUUGAUUUCUAGGUUGGGUCCAGGGAUGUAUUCUUCUGGGUAUUUUAGUUUCUUUUUCGAUAAUAAUAAUGUUCUAACAUUGAUGUAUGAUGGGCCUGAUAUUUCCAGCAUUUACUGGCCAAAUCCAGAUUUCAAAGUGUUUGCAAGUGGUCGAACAAAUUAUAAUGGUAGCAGAAUUGCUGUUUUUGACGAAAUGGGUAACUUUCUAUCAAGCGAUCAGUUGCAAUUCAGCGCUUCCGACAUGGGUUUUGGGAUUCUCAGGAGACUAACCAUGGAUUUCGAUGGGAAUCUCAGGCUUUACAGCCUUAACAAUGAGACAGGAUUAUGGGAGACAACAUGGGAAGCUAUGUUGGAGCAAUGCAAAGUGCAUGGAAUCUGUGGGAGAAACGCAAUUUGUGUGUACACACCAGAGCCAAAGUGUUCAUGUCCUCCUGGCUACGAGGUCACCGAGCAUGGCAAUUGGAAUAAAGGUUGCAAACCCAAAUUCACCAUUGAAAACUGUUCGCAGGAGUGGAGAUUUGUGCAAGUUCCGCAGGUGGAUUUUUAUGGAUUUGAUCUCAAUUAUUCUCAAUCUAUUUCAAGAGACUCUUGUUUAAAACUCUGCUUGGAAGAUUGCCGAUGCGCAGCAUUCAGUUACAGAGUAUCAGGGGAAGGACUCUGUUUCACAAAAAGUGCACUUUUCAAUGGUUACAAAUCUCCAAAUUUUCCAGGAAGUAUAUAUAUGAAAUUACCAGCGAGUGUGGGGAGAUUUGAAUCAGCAAUUCUCAAUGGAACAAAUCCCAUUUGCAAGUCUAAUGAUUCAACACUCAUGAUGGGUUCAUCUUCUAUGUAUGACACUAUCGGUAAGAAAGUGAAAUGGGCUUAUCUCUACUGGUUUGCUUCUUCAAUUGGCGUCAUUGAAAUACUCUUCAUAGUAUCAGUUUGGUGGUUGGCUCUUGGAAUCCAUGACGUCCCAGAAUCUUUAGCAGAAGGCUAUCGCGCAAUAACAAGCCAAUUCAGGAAGUUCAGUUACAGUGAGCUGAAGAGAGCAACCAAGAACUUCAAGGAAGAGCUUGGAAGAGGAGGCUCUGGAGCUGUAUACAAAGGAAUUUUAGCAGAUGAAAGAGCAGUGGCUGUGAAGAGAUUGGCAGGAUUAUCAUAUCAAGGAGAAGAUGUGUUCUGGGCAGAAGUGAGCACCAUUGGAAAAAUCAAUCAUAUGAACUUGGUAAGAAUGUGGGGAUUUUGUUCAGAGGCCAAUCACAGACUCCUAGUCUACGAGUACCUGGAAAAUCAAUCCCUGGACAAGCAUCUCUUCUCUCCAAGCUCUAUUCCAUGGAAACAAAGAUUCAAAGUUGCUUUAGGGACAGCUAAAGGCUUAGCAUAUCUUCACCAUGAGUGUCUCGAAUGGGUAAUACAUUGCGAUGUGAAGCCUGAAAAUAUACUCUUAGACACUGAAUUUGAGGCCAAGAUUUCAGAUUUUGGACUUGCAAAACUAUCCCAAAGAGGUGACAACAACUCUGAAUUCUCUCGUAUUCGAGGAACAAAAGGGUACAUGGCUCCUGAAUGGGCUUUAAAUUUUCCAAUAACAGCAAAAGUUGAUGUUUAUAGCUAUGGAGUUGUGAUCCUGGAAAUGGUGAGAGGGAUCAGGCUUUCAAAUUUUAUUAUGGAGGAUGGUGAGGCUCAAGAAUCAGAGUUGACGAGAUUUGUGAGAUUGGUGAAGAGGAAAAUUGAAUGUGGAGAAGAGUCGUGGAUUGAGGAAGCAGUAGAUCGAAGGUUAAAUGGGGAAUAUUGCAGAAGACAAGUAGUGAAAAUGGUAGAAGUUGGGAUUCGUUGCGCAGAAGAAGACAGAGAUAAGAGACCAACCAUGGAUUCUGUAGUUCAAGCUUUAUUGGAAUGUGAAGAUGAGUCUAAAAUCCGAUCCCCAGAUGAUCAGUAAUUGCAUGCAUCUUCUGUUUAUCACCACUUCAUGUUGUAACUAGUAAUUGUGGUGUUAGGGUUGUAAAUUGGUAAUCAGUUUUCGUUUUUCCUUUUUUUAAAUAAAAAUAUAUAAAAAAUAAAAGUAGAAACUAUAUUAUUAUUAUUA